AUGUUCGCGCUCACUCGCCUCGCUCGCUCCGCGUGUGCCCACACUCGGUCCGUGUCGUACAUUGCCCCUCCGCGCAUCUCGGCCGACCAGAGCUACCGCUUUGGCGUCCAACUGGACCACCUCACGCCUCAGAGCGACGACGACAAGGCGGCGGUCGCGCACCUCAAGGCCGUGCUCAGCCUUCGCAAUGCCUCGCAGCACGAACUGAACAAAGCGCAGGUCGCGACGGCCAUUGAGACGUUCCAGCGCUUUCCUGGCGACACGGGCUCAAGUGAAGUGCAGAUUGCGGUGCUCACGCAAAAGAUUUUGCGCAGCACGUCGCAUGCGCAGGAGCACAAGAAGGACCACCACUCGCGUCGCGGACUGAUUGCAAUGGUCGAGAAGCGGCGGAAGCUGCUCAAGUACUUGCGCCGCAACGAUUUGCACAAGUUCCGCGCCGUGGUGGCGGCAUUAGGUCUUCGGUUUACGUAG